GGGAAACUAUGUAUUCUAGGUGUUGUCUCCUCAACCGCUUAGAAGGUUGCUCUAGCAAGAAUCCAUGUUGUUCUUUCUUACAGUUUUCUGGAGAAUAUAUGCGCGCUCUUAUUCUUUUGAUGGUGGAUAAAAUCAAGCUUCUUUUCCAUAAAAGAAGGCGUGAUGGAUGCUGCACUGCAUCUGCACUAGGUAAUGCAAUGGAUGGGCCGUCUAAAGGUCUGAGAGUUAAGAACAAAGAAGCAAAGAAACAAUGUUUACCAGAAAAUUUCCCAAGCUCUAGCACAUGUGAAAUGGACAACAGUACAGUUUGGUCCCAGAGAAGCAUGGCAUCAGGCCAAGCACAUGAUUCUCACAGCAAUAUUGGGAGCAGUACAGACUUUGUAAAUUCUGGACUACUUCUUUGGAAUGAGACCAGGAAGCAAUGGGUUGGAAAUAAAAUGUCCGGGAGCCAAAAGCAAGUUCAGGAACCUAAAAUAAGCUGGAAUGCUACUUACGACAACUUACUAACAACGAACAAGCCGUUCCCUGAGGCCAUACCUCUUACUGAGAUGAUAGAGUUUCUUGUUGAUGUCUGGGAGCAGGAGGGUCUAUAUGACUGAGCCUACAAUUCAAGGGAGUCUUCAUAUUGUUUAAAUUUGUGCAGCUUGAAUUUUUUUUGCUGCCGUUCAAUUACGAGCAAUCGUUCGAUGCUUAUAGUAUAAAUAUUACUGUUUAUGUUGAAUUCAAGCUACCCAUUUUGGAUCUUUUUCAAGAAUGGAAUCAUUUUGAAAACAGUCUUUUACGUUGAAGUUUUGCUAGAUUCGAUCUGUCUGGGGCUGGCAUCUACUGGCUUUGGCAUAAUGAACACAGUUUGGGCUCUAAAAUUCUUAAGCCCGUGAAGAUAGAUAAGUCUUGUGCCCAAUCAUAAAAAAGAUUUCAAGGGUAUAAAGUGUAUAAAUACCAUUUGUGAUGGACUUUUCUUUUUCUUUUUAAGUAUAUGAUCUGCUUAGUAAUUUGAUGGA